AUGGCACAGUUCAUUAAGGUUUAUUCUAAAGCAGUGGAAAGGGUUUUGAUGUUGGAGGCUGAUAAUAAAGAGAAAGAUGCAAGAAGAGAACAAUGGAAGCAAAAGAGGGGUGCAGGGCUAUCUUCAGAGGGAUCUUCUUGGAAGAAGAAUAAGGGUGGUUCACCUCAGUUUCAAGGACAACAAUCUACAAGAUCUGCUCCUACCACUCCUAUGCCAGCUGGAUCUGACAGGAGUGCAGUUGUUUGUUAUCAGUGUCAGCAGCCUGGGCAUUACAAGUCCAGUUGUCCGAUGAGAUCGUCUUCAGUUUCGUCAGCUCCAAAGGCUUGUUAUGGGUGUGGCCAGCAGGGUCACUUGAUUCGUGAUUGUCCAGGCCAGGGAGCAGGCACAGGUAGUGGUAGGGGGUCACGAUAG